AUCGAGGGAAGGAGACGGAGAUGGAGAUGAAUAAGAAGAAGAUGGAGGGUCUUCGUGAAGAACAGAAGACGAAGAAACGGAGCUUAGAAGCCUCUGGUUCUCUCGGAUUCGGCCUGCCAGGUACGGCACCAAGCGCUGAAUGGCCAAUCUCACCAUCUCUCUCUCUCUCUGUCUGUUACCUUCUCUUUCUCAGAGCGCCAAACCAGAUCUGAAAAAAUAACCAUGAAUAGAUCUUAAGGCAAUCCUAAAGUCCCACUUGGAAAAGAUGCCGGCCGGUGACUCGCCCAGCGAAGAACCAAAGUUUCAAGUCCGUAGAUUACAGAUCUCAGACAAAAGCAAGGGUUUCAUAGAGCUAUUGCGGCAACUAACUGUCUGUGACUCUGUAUCUGACAAGGAUUUUGAAGAUCGAUUUCAGGAGAUCAGCUCCCUUGGAGAUCACCAUGUGAUUUGUGUUAUUGAAGAUGAAUGUUCUGGUAAGAUUAUUGCAACAGGGAGCGUGUUCAUUGAGAAGAAAUUUUUCAGGAAUUGUGGCAAAGUUGGGCACAUUGAAGAUGUUGUGGUUGACACCAAUGCUCAAGGGAUGCAAUUAGGCAAGAAAAUCAUUGCGUUCCUCAUGGAUCAUGCUUGUUCAAUGGGGUGUUAUAAGGUGAUUCUUGACUGCAGUUUGGAGAAUAGAGCGUUUUAUGAGAAAUGUGGUUUCAAGCAGAAAGAAAUUCAGAUGGCCAAGUAUUUUGUUUGAUUUGUUUGUGUUACUUCUUCCAUUGCAGUUUUGGUAGUGAUUGUUGUUUGAAUGUAUUUGGAGAUUUUUUUUCUAUUGGACUGAGGAAAACCUCUCUGUGCAUUUGGCACUGACGACUUGCUUUGGUUCAAGUUGAUUUUGUUGCUUCAUGCAGUAAAUCCUUUGUGGGAUACAGUUUGUGGUUAGUAGAAUAAAAAUGCAUAUUUACAAUUGUGAAAAUUUGGAUAUAUUAGAUUAUG